AUGUGGAAAAAAGAUGUGAAGAAAAAUGGUUUAAAACAGAACAUCAGCAAUAAAUUAAACAUCAUCGUGAUAGGCAUUGAUUCUAUUUCGGAGCUUAACUUUGAAAGACAUUUUAAGCUAACAGCAGAAUAUCUUCGCAAGAAUCUUUCCACCUUUGAAUUCCAUGGGUACAUGAAAGUGGCGGACAAUACAUUUCCGAAUUUGACGCCGAUGUUGACGGGACAUUUUAUAGAGCACUAUUAUACGUCUUCCAACAAGGAUAGAUACUUCGAUGAUUUAGACUUUAUAUGGAAGAAUUUUUCAUCUCUUGGAUACAGGACACUCUUUGCUGAAGAUGCACCAGUUAUGGCAACAUAUAACUACAUAAAACAGGGAUUCCAGUUUCCUCCAGCUGAUUAUUUCUUCAGGCCAUUUACCCUGGCUGUAGAAGAUGCUAGAUUAACCCAUGGCUAUUUGAACAAAGCUGGAUUAGCUGAUAAACCAUCAUUCGAACUACUACGGGAUAUCAAUGAAAUGGGGCUUCUAAAUACAAGUAUGCUCAUUUUCAUGAGCGACCAUGGAAUUAGGUUUGGUGGUAUACGAAAAACAUAUAUUGGUAAGAUUGAAGAAAGAAUGCCGUUCCUGUUCCUUUCAGACCGUUUCGAAGUGCUGGAUGUGAGUCGGAUAAAUAUGUAUGGAAAGCAAGGUGACUGUGUGAGAUUCAGAAUGCACAAAUACUGCUACUGUUCUUGA